CUAGGCGAGGAACUGCAUCCAACCCUCGUACGAUUCUUCGAUAUCUCGUUCAUUAUUAUGACCCAGCGUUUUUGUGAAGACUGACCGAGUUGGUGCAGAAAUUUUCAGAACGCUAAACGAAUCUUCCUCAUCCUCCCAGUGAACCCCACGACGUUUAGGUGAAGGUUCAGGAGAAUCGAAAAUAUCAAUAGGAACGUUGGUUGUUUGAAGCGGAGGGCUGUUUGGUUUUGAUGGAGAAACACCCAAACCUUCACUUCGUACGUUUUCAUUUUGUGUUAGCACAUUUCCGGCUAGGAUCGUCUCAUCAACUCUAUCCUCGAAAAUAUUGUACGGCGAUUCUCGAUUUUGAUCUGAUUCGAACAAUCCCUCGGACAUUUCCAUUGUGGGCGGAGUCAGACUAGGAGGAGGAGCUUGCGAAGUACGUUCUUCAAAUACACUCGGCUCCAUAGUGGCAUCAGCACCGGAACGAUCCGAUGAAGUAGUGGACGUCGAAUUGAGGCGUUUUUGCUUCUCAGAACUACGGCCCACGUCGAUUUCAUCAUGGAUAACUUGUGAUGAAGAUGCUCCAUUCUGUGAAGAAGCCGAGGGUACUGUCCAGUUUUCGUCAAAGAGACUGUAGAGCUCCCUUCUGGACGGUUCAGAACCAUACAAGCAGUCUGAAGAUUUAAAUUUACUGGAUUGAACAAAAAAAACAAAUCAACUUGUACUUACUUUUUCACGAGCUUCCCUUUAUCUAUGAACUGAGAACGGAGUGUGUUAGCAUCUUUAUCAGUGCACUUCCUCAGAGCUUUUGUGUAAUGUAUUAAAUCAGAGAUCGAAAAUCGCCUUUCUGGCAUGACCUCAGCUUUCGCACAGGCCCAUGCUUGGUUUUCGUCAAAUGACUCAAGGUAGGCGAGGUAUAACUUGCUCAGCUGUUUCAAAAUGCUCCGCCACUCAUGUUUGAUCUCGGGAGCUUGCAGCGGUCGAAACAACGGAAUAAGUUCAUUCCAGUUGAAAUUAGCAGGGAUGGACUUGAGGUCCGAUGGACAAGACCGAAGAUACUCGGCAACUUUUGACUCAGAUAACGAAGACUUGGAUACAACGACCUCAAAUAGCCUGUAGUAUCUAUCCCUCGGGAGACAAUUUCGUUCCAACAUGGUUGGGUCUUGGGCGACGUCCUUCGCAGUCCAACCAAGACGCUCCAAUCGGUGCUUUUGGUGGGUAAAAGCGUUAUCAACUCGUUUUUUCGAUAUGCCCAAGGACUCAGCAAUUUGAUAUCGAGUUUUACCACGAAGAGCAAGUUCAUGAAUGCGUAGAACUGUCUCCUGUGACAAUGGUGAAGGACCUCCGAUAUAAUAGGGAUCAAAAAUGAUCAUCAUUCGUCGCUGGAUCUGUGCUGCACUUCGCCAUUCCAAUUUUCGACAUAGUUGUGGCCACAUUGCUAUUUUGAUAAGCAGAUCAUUCUGACGCCUUUGUUCUUUUACCGACUCCAGGCUACCAACAUAUCCCACAUAA